AUGCCGCCGAGAUAUAGGCACGACAAUACGCCAUGGAUGAAGAGCGUCUUGAUCCCCCUCUGGAUUGUCAAGAAUAUCGUCAGGAUCAUCAUGAUCGGUAUCUAUGCGGUCGCCUUUGGAGCCGUGGACCAUUAUACGCACACCAGGAUCUACGACGUAGCCGUCCUUUCAAUCCAUAUCGCCCUAUGCGCAAUCUCCGUGGUCCUCGACAUCACGUCCUUAGUGCUCUUCGCGAGACAAAUGCUAAGCCCGAAGGUCUUCCUUGUUUUCAGCAUCGUUCAGGCCCUGAUCUGGGUCGGCAGCUAUAUUCUUAACAUCUUCCUUGCUCUUCGGGACGCCACUGCUGCCGCCAUUGCCUUGACCAUCGUUCUUUGCCCCGCCUACGUCGGUGCCCUCUUCUACGCCUCCACCGUUUUCUACAGGUACCGCAAAGCCGGCAGCCGCGGCGCCUACACUUCCGUCGCCAACCCCACAAACCUCCAAUACCAAGCAACCAGCUUCGCACCCCAACAAGUCCUCUACGAAAUGAACCCACAACAACAAAUCUACCAGCAGCCGCAGUACGGCGCCGGAUCGGAGUACUACGCCCAGCACAUGCCGCAGCAGGUGCCACAGGAGAUGCCGCCGCCAUACCACGACCACUCGCAGGAGCAGAGGGGGAUGCCGCCGCAGGGGAAUCUGAUCCCAGUGGUGACCAACCUAUUCGGAGACGCCCACUCGUCGUUGAAUCCCGCGGGCACGCCGCGGCUGAAGAACUCAAGCCCGACAACGGUGGAGUUGGAGUCGCCGCGGCAGUGGAAGGCACUAGAGGGGGCAGCUCCGCCGUAUGUGCUGCAGGCGCCGGAGCAAGAGUUUGCGGCGGGCAAGUGA